AUGGCUAAUGCCUUGGCAACGGCGAAACUACAAACUUCACUUGACUGGAAUUGGCUUGGCUUGGAGGCAAGUUUGCCACACGACAAUCAAGGUUGGCGAAAAUUGUCACAUACAUCAUUGUUGGUUAGCUGGUUGCUUGCUUCGUCGGUCGACGGUGGUUUGCUGAGUAAUAUUUGUUGUGGUAUUGGUGUUAGGCCCCACAAGAUGAUGGAAUAUGUUAAUGUACCUGCAUUUAUAACUUAUUUGUUUUUUUUACAGCUUACAGGAAUCAGUUACCUGCUAGUCACUUGCUUAGCUACUUUGAGCACAGCGAUACGAGUGGAUUGGAAUACAAAUACCGGCCCCAUUAUACCGCCAACACCUCGCACCACAGUACGACCAAUACCGCCAUUCCGGGAACCAGCACCAGUUUGGGAGGAUCUUAGUAAUGACAUACCAAAUCCGAAUCCAUAUGUUUAUGUCUUACCGCCACCCUCACGACCCAAAACGAGACUCAACACCAAUGUCAACUACAAUACAAAACCCAACAACUACGGAACCUUGCUAAGACCACAACAGACCAGCUACUAUCAACAGCAGAGUCAACAAGUUUCCGGAUUGGCGCCACAAUACAUACCCAAUGUUGGUACACGUUAUGUGGCCGUGGUACCAACGAAAUCGAAUGGGGCUGCAGGAACUACGACUGUGGCGAAUGUACUUUCUUCCAGUGACAAUGAAAACGGCUACAAAUUCCAGGGCAAAUACAAUGCCAAAACGAAAAAAUACAAAGUCUACGAGAAAGUCAAAUAUGUGCCAAUUAAUUAUUAUACUGAGCUUGAGGAAAAUGAUAGUGUCAGGGAGGCCACAUCGAAGCGUAAUGUGCCAGCUGAAAUACCCGUUUGGGCUCCUUUGGACGAAGAAGAAACGCCCAAUGCGGAAUACACUGUUAAAUUUGAGAAUUUUGUAGCAACGGCCGAAAAACUUAUUGCCACAACUCCGCUCACAAAUGUCAGCAGCACAAAUACUUCGUCAGCAACUUCAACGAAACCCACAACAACUACAGUAUCCUCGACCACAACAACAACAAAAGCCCCCACAAAGUCUUCCUUUAAAUUCUAUUCGAAACAUGUUUAUCCCAAGGAUUCGACGCUGAAGCUCAAGGAAAAACUCAACAAGAAAAGUUGA